AUAACUCACUCAAUUCGCGAGGCAAAAUCGAAGCAAAAGAACCGAAACUCUCUCUCUCUCUCUACCUCUGUCGAUCGAUCCAGCUUCCGUUGCUCGGGCCUGCGAUAAUGGCGGAGAAGAUCUCUCACCUCUCCCACACGCUCGAGCCGAGGAGGGAUGCAUAUGGGUUUGCUCUAAGACCUCAACACUUGCAGAGAUAUAGAGAGUAUGCUAAAAUUUACAAGGAAGAGGAAGACGAAAGAUCAGAGAAAUGGAAAAACUUCCUUGAACAACAAGCGGACACAUCUCAAAAUUGCUGGUCUGAGAGGUUGCAUAAGGAGAGAUUGCCAAGUGGAGUAAGUGAGCACAGAGACGGGACUGUUUCAGACAGGCCUGCAGAGGGGGAUGAUCCAAGUGAAAACAAGCCUUCUGAUGGUUCAACUGGAAGUAGCCCUGAAAGGGAAGUUCAUUCUACAGAAAACUUAAAGUCUGAUAAGGUGCCAAGAUGGGCAAAUGUUAGACCAGUCCUUGGUGCAAUUGAGAAUAUGAUGAGUUUCCGUAUUAAGAAAGCAAAAAAUGUGGAGGAUGACUUGAAAGGUGUAAAUGGUGCUCAUCUUCCAACAGUUGAUGAAGUUAGUCAUUCGGGACAGACUUCUGAAGAGGAUAGUGAGGGAGAUGUUGAACUUGAUGAGGCAUCAAAUGGCAGCGCCAAUUCAUCCAAUGGAGAAAGAGCUGUUAGUGAAGGGAUGCCCUUGGAAUCUUCUUUCCCAUGGAGAGAAGAACUAGAAUGUCUUGUUCGAGGAGGAGUGCCCAAGGAUCUAAGGGGUGAGGUAUGGCAAGCCUUUGUAGGUGUAAGAACACGUCGGAUAGAGAGAUAUUACCAGGACUUGCUAGCACAAGAAGCUAGUGAUGAUGAGGGGAAAGCGCUUGACAAUUCACCUGCUGUACCCCAGAAGUUGAAAAAGCAGAUUGAGAAGGAUAUACCUCGGACAUUCCCAGGUCAUCCUGCUUUAGAUGAGAAUGGUAGAAACUCAUUGAGGCGAUUACUUAUAGCAUAUGCACGGCAUAAUCCCUCUGUUGGAUACUGUCAGGCAAUGAACUUCUUUGCUGGUUUGUUAUUGCUUCUGAUGCCUGAGGAAAAUGCCUUUUGGGCUUUAGUGGGCAUCAUUGAUGACUAUUUUGGUGGGUGUUACACAGAGGAAAUGAUAGAAUCUCAGGUGGACCAGCUAGUUUUUGAGGAGCUGAUGCGGGAGAGGUUUCCCAAACUGGUUAAUCAUCUGGAUUUCUUGGGAGUGCAGGUGGCAUGGAUCUCCGGGCCAUGGUUUCUUUCAAUUUUUGUGAAUAUGCUUCCAUGGGAGAGUGUUCUCCGAAUAUGGGACGUGCUUCUAUUUGAAGGGAAUCGUGUAAUGCUUUUCCGAACAGCUCUUGCUUUGAUGGAGUUGUAUGGUCCUGCUAUUGUCACAACCAAGGAUGCUGGUGAUGCAAUAACUUUGCUACAAUCACUUGCUGGCUCCACAUUUGAUAGUAGCCAACUUGUUUUGACUGCUUGCAUGGGUUUUGUGGCCAUAACUGAAGCUCGACUUCUUAAAUUGAGAGAAAAACAUCGUCCCUCUAUCCUAGAGGUGAUUGAGGAAAGAUCAAAGAAGGGACGAGUGUGGAAGGACUCUAAAGGGCUUGCCACAAAACUGUACAGUUUUAAGCAUGAUACUUCAUCACUUGUCCAAGAAACAAAAAGCACUGAAAGGCCAGAAGAUGUAGCUGCAGAUGCAGACACAUCCCAUUUGGAGAAUUCUUCCCACCUGGAAGAUCUUCUUGGUGGCUUGGCUGUUGAUUCGGAAGUUGAUUCUCUGCCAGAUCUCCAAGAACAGGUUGUGUGGUUAAAAGUUGAGUUAUGCAGGUUGCUGGAGGAGAAGAGAUCUGCCAUACUCAGAGCGGAGGAACUGGAGACAGCACUUAUGGAGAUGGUGAAGCAGGACAAUCGGCUUCAAUUGAGUGCAAGGGUGGAGCAGCUGGAACAAGAGGUUACUGAACUAAGGCAAGCCCUUGCUGACAAGAAAGAACAAGAAACUGCAAUGCUUCAGGUCCUCAUGCGGGUAGAGCAAGAGCAAAGGGUAACUGAAGAUGCUCGACUUAGUGCAGAACAAGAUGUUGCUGCUCAGAAAUAUGCAGUUCAUGUACUCCAGGAAAAAUAUGAGAAGGCUAUGAUUUCCCUGGCUCAGAUGGAAAAGAGGGCGAUCAUGGCAGAAUCAAUGCUGGAGGCUACCUUGCAAUAUGAAACUGGCCAGAAUAAAGCACACCAGGCUCCAGGGUCUGCCCAUAAUCAGAGCUCCGUGCAGGAAACUCCCACAAGAAGGAUAGGUCUUUUUGGACUUGGCUGGCGUGACAGAAACAAGGGAAAACCCGAGGAGUCCAAUGAGAGUCCGCAGAAAGAAAUUGGCAACAGAGAGCUAGAACAACAGCCUAAAUAGAGGUGACCUGCGGGUUUUUGUAUUCCAUUGAUUUGUAUUUAAUCUCCCAAACAAUUUUUUGUCACAACAUUCCUCAAAUAAUAAAAAUCAUAGUUUCACUGAGCGA